UGUGAUUAAUGACAUUCAAGCUGUGAAGGUGUCUCAGUGCAGAGCCAGCCUCCCCGUUGUAUCCUCCUCCUCCUCUCGCAGUCACUUCUCUCCAUCUGUUUUGAUGCAGCUCAUAACAGAUCGUCACAUUAUCCUCCCUCCGUCUUGAAACCGCAGCAGCCUUGGGAUUAAACCCAGCACCACACUCCUCUCAGUGCUGCACCUGGGAGGCAGCUGUACACAGCGCGUUACCUGACUGGACAUUUGAAACAAACCCUCGGAGCCCAUUCUUCGUCUUCUUAGGUGCUCACUGGAAACACUUAGGUUAGGUUUUGAUUCAGCAGGAGCCUCUGCUCUGCUGCUUCAGCUCCUCCAGCUGCUGCGAGGAACUUUACGAGGAGCCAAGGUGCUUUUGCUCCUUUGAUUUCUCACCUGGAUGCUGAGGAGAUCAACAGGAUGGACCUCACCUACAUUUGUCUCCUCUUCACGGCUCUAAUGUUGAUCCAGCACAGCGAAGCCCUCUCUGUUUCGAGCUCUGUGCUGGAGGAUGGCCCCCCAGUGCAGCUCCCCCAUAUGGCUCACCGGCGAGAGAAACGCUGCUCCUGCGAGAACCAGAAAGACAAAGAGUGCAUUUUUUUCUGUCACAUUGGCAUCGUCUGGAUCAACACCCCAAGCCAGCUGGUGCCUUACGGGUUCGGAUCGGUGCGAGUGAGGAGGGAGUUGAGCCGCUGCCGCUGCACGGAUUCAGAGGAUGCUGAGUGCAUGAAGUUCUGCAGCGUCCAGGAGAAACCAAGAGCUGAGAACGCUCCUGUGAAGAGGAAGAAGGACAAACAGCUGAGAGGAUACAAGACUGCAUUCUGGGAAAAGAGGAGCAGACCUGCACUCAGACAGACCUGAGGAAGAGGAGGCCAACCAGUGACACCAGCCCCUCUGGAUGAAAGUCCUUGAUUUAUGAAUGAGAACAAAUGGACUCGGCAUGGACAUGUACAGUGUGUGUUUGUGUAAAUGUAACGACAGUGAAGCAUUAGGACAGGAGUGCUGAUCACUUACAAGCUCAUCUUUCUAACAUUUAGCUGGCAUCCUGCCCUGCUCAGAUUCUUUAGAGCUGAGGGAGUUGACUUUUCUGUUACCUGAUGAUUACAGCUUAUUUAUAGCACAGAAAGAUGGAGCACAUCUCCAUCCAGGCUGGACCAGAAACCGCUCCAGACCGGCCAGUGUGUGUAAACCUCACAUCUCUGAAAUCGUCCAAAGUUUAGAGUUUUUCCAAAUGAGUUUCAAAUAUGUCGUCCACAGAAGCUACAUAGGGUUGCUACCUCUGUGAAGGAGGUUAUGGGUCAUCUAAAGUAGAUUCAUUUGGUUGGUUUUUUUAACAGUCAAAUACGAUCAUAAAAUCUCACGAGGGUUUCAGGCUGGGUCGAUCUGAGAAAACGAUGAAGCAAAACCCCGAGGCCAGCAGAAGAGAUAACUUCAAUUUCAGGUCAUUUAACACAAUGAAAUCACGUCAGAACAAAGUCGUCAUUUCAUUCGAUCAAACUGAACUAAGUGGUGAAUUUUUAUUAUUUAGAGAAAGACUUGACGAGCACAACAAAUCUGAUCAACCGUGAGUGUGCCGACCUCAGCAAUCCACGACGCAAAAAAUGAGUUCAUGAGCUUGUUUCCAUGGAUACAAAGGUGAUAAAUUCUAAACUACUUGCAGUUACUCGUACAACCACAAGACGUCUGUGUUAGCAGUUCCUGUUUUUGCAGCUUUCAGCUUGAACAAUAGCUGUGGAUUAAAAGCUUUCAGACAAAAACACCAUAUUCACAGUGUUAUGACUCUGAGUUACAGCUUCAGUGGUUUAAUCAAAAAGUCAAAUGUUUUAAUCUGUAUAAACUUUAUUUAAUCUACAAAUUUUUAAUCUAAAAAUAUAAAGACUCAGAUAUAAAAUUACAAUUUUAUUCUUGAAAUAUGUCAGAACUUCAGCAAAACAGUAAAAUGCUUUGACUCUUCUUGUAAAAAUGCUAACUUAUUCUUAAAUAUGUCACAACUUAGCAUCACUUUAUAAUAUUCAGACUUUUAUCUUAAAACAAAGCAGCAUAUUUUAACUUUAAUCCUGAGCUCCUGGAUUUGUCUGAGUCUUCCUCGUGGCCUUGUGUUGUUCUCGGAGUUUCUCUCUGAUUACGAAUGAGCUGUUAUGAACAUCAUGAAGUGUAAAAUGUGAAGUGUUUUCAUGUAUUAUUAUAAUUUUAGUUCAGCACACAGAGUGGCCAGUUUGUUCUAACAGGAAACGAUGUGUCUGACUUUGAAGCUUUGAACUUCAGCUGUAGAGUCUGCUUUCUAAUCAGUUAAAUAUGCGAACAGCUCUGUUUUUCUUUUUUUGUAAUGUGGUUAUAAAGUAUAAAAUGAACAGUUUUUCAUUAAUAUUUUGGAGUUGUGAGAUUUUGGUAUAGAGUGAGGUCACUGCCGUGCUCUAUCAGGUAAUAAAAGUGAAGCUGAGCAGGUGCGAAAACAAUGAUAGACUGUUCAGAUUACAAACAUUAUUAUUAUAUAUUUAUUAUUAACAUUCUGUACAUUCACCUUUAUUUUAAAGGUGAAUGUACAGAAUGAGAAACAUGAUUAUUUCCACGUUUGCAGCAAGGCCAACUGUGAAAGCAAAAAAAUAAAUAAAUAAAUGAAAUCUGUGUACGUGGAGGAUGUGGGACAGAUUCAGUCCUCUAAAUGGAAGUCACCACCAUUUCCAUUCAACUGAGUGUCUGUGUUCUUGUGUUACUCUAUUUUUUCUUAAAAUAGAGCAAAGGUCAUCAUACUACAGGUCUAACAAACUAACGUUGGGAGUUUGACUCAUUGACUUGCACCGUUGUUCUUCACUGUGGGGAUUCAGGCUGGGCAGGUGUUCUGGUCGACCCACAGAGAUUCAGAUAUGAAUAUAAUCUGCCAACAUCUUUUACUUCACUCCCAUUUUUGUGGUUGGUCGUGGCAGCUGCACCCCAAAUGAAAUCACCACAGCCUUUUUGGGUGAGGGAAUGAUGCAGCCUGGUUCUCCCAGAGGUCACUUCCUGUUUAAGGAAGUUUCUUCUCUCCACUCUCAGAAAGUGCUGCUCACUGUUGGCUCUCUCUGAGGCUGCAAUGCCUGUGAUUUUAAAAUACAAAAACAGUAGAUACUUCAUGGUACCUACACUUAUCAAGUAUUUGAAAAUUCAUGGCAGUAGAUACUCAGUACAUAGAAACAUGCAUAUUGUAACAUAUUGUAGUGAUAUUGCACAGUGGUGGACUCACUCGAGUUGAAAUGUUAGAGUUUUCGAUAUGGAUGCCUGAAUGUGAAUAAUAACAUAUAUCUUUAUACUUUUGUAGACUCUCUUUGUCCUUUAUUUCAUGUGAUUGCAUGAAACCACACUGCAGUACUUAUUCCUCCAUCAUGUUAAAGAAAACCUGAGAAGUGAUGCAAACACAUUUGGCUGUAAAAGAGAAAUGUUUACCCUUUAUGAUGCUCUUCUAUACACAUGAAGAACAAUGAAUAAUCAUUUAAACACACAUGUCUCUGUAAGCUGCAGCUGUGUAUGACAGGCAGUGACCUGUCAUACACCUGAGGACCUGUGAGUUCAGCUAAUGGUCAGGUUUGUCAGGCGUUGUGUGGAGGCGAGGAAGAAGGAACCCAAACGCAGGACUCGCAGGUAGGUGAAGACUGGUGAAGGUUUAUUAUAAGGAGUGGGUGAACAGAACAGACGUAGAAAAUGGCUGGCUGGCUGGACGACUGACUGAAAGAAGGGAUCUCAAAA